UCUCUGUUCAGAGUCUGCAACUUGAAAUUUAUAAGUCGAUUGAUUUGGUUAAAUGGAAGCAGUUUCGUUGAACAACCUUAUCUAAUUUUCAUCUAUUGGAUUUGCAUUUUUGUACACUGGCGAGCCUCUUGCGUUUCACUUCUUUGAAGCUUUUGCGUCCUCUAUCUUUCUCUGUUGCUGCCUCAGCAAUGGAGAGUGAUGCUUCUUGUAGCUUGGUUUUAUGUGGGAAGUCCUCUGUGGAAACUGAGAUAGCAAAGCGUCUCAAGGACAAGAACUCGCUUAAAUUCCCAGAUGAUAAUACCAAAGUUUCAAUCUUUUUAGAAUCUGAGGCUAAGCAUUUGGUCAAAGAUGAUGAUGAUGGUUUCUUCAAUCUUUCACUCUUUAUGAACUCUAUUAUAACUCAUCAGUUUGGGCGGUUUCUCAUUUGGUCUCCACGCUUGUCUUCUACUCACGACGUUGUUUCUCAUAACUUCUCUGAGCUUCCAGUUGGUUCAGUUUGUGUCACAGAUAUUCAGUUUAAAGGUCGAGGCAGAACAAAGAAUGUAUGGGAAUCUCCAAAGGGUUGUCUUAUGUAUUCUUUUAGUCUAGAAAUGGAAGAUGGUCGUGUCGUGCCUUUGGUACAGUAUGUGGUAUCUCUUGCUGUAACCGAGGCAGUCAAAGAUGUUUGUGACAAGAAAGGUUUGCCGUACAUUGAUGUUAAGAUUAAGUGGCCAAAUGAUCUCUACUUGAAUGGCCUUAAGGUUGGAGGCAUUUUGUGUACUUCGACAUAUAGAUCAAAGAAGUUUCAUGUCAGUGUGGGUGUGGGAUUGAAUGUGGACAACGAGCAGCCAACCACAUGCUUAAAUGCUGGACUAAAAGAAAUGUCUCCUGCAUCAAACUUACUUAACAGAGAAGAAAUCCUUGGUGCUUUUUUUCAUAAAUUUGAAAAAUUCUUUGAUCUAUUCAUGGACCAAGGUUUUAAAUCUCUCGAGGAGCUUUACUACAGAACAUGGUUACACAGUGAGCAAAGAGUGAUUGUUGAAGAAAAAGUAGAGGACCAAGUUGUUCAAAAUGUUGUGACUAUUCAGGGUUUGACAUCUUCGGGGUAUUUGCUGGCUAUUGGAGAUGACAAUCAAAUGUAUGAGCUUCACCCUGAUGGCAAUAGUUUCGACUUUUUCAAAGGUCUCGUUCGAAGAAAAAUAUGAUCCAAAGAUGUUCGUGCUGCAUCUCGUGGUGGAAGUAUCUGUGUCGUGUUUAAGUACCAUGGACACAACUAAUUUUACUUUCAAUUUCGAA